AUGCCCUCUGCCACACUCAAGCAACGACAAACCACCGACACCCUCUCCGAUGGUGUUCCCUCAUAUGCCCCCAGCACAAAUCCCCCCACCCAAACCCAACAAUCACAACUGACCGCCCUACAACAACACGUGCUCUUCUGGGACCGAGACAACGACGGCAUCAUCUACCCGUGGGACGUGUACAACGGCUUCCGCGAUCUGGGCUUCAACGUCGUCUUCUCCCUCGGCUCGUUACUGAUCCCGCUGUUCUUCUCCUACCCGACCACCCUCGGGCACAGCUGGCUGCCGGAUCCGUGGUUCCGCAUUUUCCUCGGCAGUCUGCAGAAGGCCAAGCAUGGCUCCGACACGAGCGUGUUUGACGUCGACGGCCAUUUCCACGCCGACAGGUUCGACGCCAUGUUUGACCGCUGGGACUCUUCUAGGACGGGAGCACUGAGUGCGGACGACAUGUGGGCUAUGUGGAAGAAGAACCGCUGUGCCGCGGAUCCGGCUGGCUGGAGUUUCGCGUUUAUGGAACUGUGGACCACCUGGUUACUGCUCCAGGAGGACGGGCGGGUGGGGAAGGACGAUCUGCGAGCUUGUUACGAUGGUACGCUCUUUUGGAAUAUUAGUGAGAGGAACGGGAAUGCAAAGGGACAGGAGGCCUGGCACAAGGGCUACGGUGUGGGGGAUUUCUUCGAUGGAGUGUGGAAAGGAAGGACCUGGAGGAACUGGGAGCUGAAACAAAAUUAG